AUGGUUCACCAGGAAAAGAAGCUAAAGCAAUCCAACUCUUUGGAACAAUUGAAGGCCACGGGUACCGUUGUGGUUUCCGACACAGGUGACUUUGAGUCUAUUGCCAAGUACACGCCGCAGGAUGCCACCACCAACCCCUCGCUGAUUUUGGCUGCUGCCCGCAAGGAGGCUUACGCUAAGUUGAUCGAUACCGCUGUCGAGUACGGUAAGAAGAACGGCUCUACCGUUGCCGAACAGACCGAGCAGGCCGUGGACAUGUUGCUGGUGGAGUUCGGUAAGGCCAUCCUGCAAAUCGUCCCUGGCCGUGUGUCGACCGAGGUGGACGCCCGUUUGUCGUUUGACAAGGACGCCACUGUGGCCAAGGCUCUGCACAUCAUCAAGCUGUACGAGUCCUUUGGCAUCUCCAAGGAGCGUGUUUUGAUCAAGAUCGCGUCCACCUGGGAAGGUAUCCAAGCCGCCAAGGAGCUUGAGGAAAAGCACGGCAUCCACGUCAACUUGACCCUGCUGUUCUCCUUUUCCCAGGCCGUCGCCGCCGCCGAGGCCAACGUGACUUUGAUUUCGCCAUUUGUCGGAAGAAUCCUCGACUGGUACAAGGCCAGCAAAAAGCAAGAGUAUACCGCUGAGAGCGACCCAGGUGUCAUCUCCGUGAAGAAGAUCUACAACUACUACAAGAAGCAUGGCUACAAUACCAUUGUCAUGGGUGCCAGUUUCAGAAACGUUGGCGAGAUCAAGGCUUUGGCUGGUGUCGACUUUUUGACCAUUUCUCCAGGCCUACUGGAUGAACUCCUCAAUUCCGAGGAGCCAGUGCCACAGGUUUUGGACUCCGAGUCCGCCAAGGCUGAGGGCGACGACAAGGUCUCUUUCAUCAAUGACGAGGCUGCUUUCAGAUACGACUUGAACGAGGACGCCAUGGCCACCGAAAAGUUGUCUGAAGGUAUCAGAAAGUUCUCUGCCGAUAUCGUUACUCUGUUCGACUUGAUCGAAACCAGAGUUCAGCAGGUUUAA